AUGUCCAAUGGAUCCUCUUCAUGCAACCCCACUGAGGUGACCAGCAGAAGUCAUCCCCUCAUUGGUGGCUCAAAGUACAGAACCGCUAUUGCUAUGUGUGGCUAUCAAAAUACCUCUGGCGACUGCAGUCGCCAAGCUUUGUUCAAAACCUUCUUUAACGGAACAUCGUACAGUCUUCGUCAUGAUAUAGGCGUCUGCCGUGGUUCUUUUGGAAGCAGUGGACAUGCGUGCAAAGCCAUUGACAGCCUAAUGAUAGCCAUAAAAGGGCCAAAUGGAGAAGGUGAGCUGACUCAUCGCGUUAUUAAGAAGUGUGGUUGCGUGAACCCAAUUUGCCACCGCGUUGCUUUUCGUGAAGUUUUCAAGAGGAAGUCGGGCAACGCGUGGAUCCAAGAGGAAAAAGAUGUUGGAACGUGUGUCGGUACUGGUUGCCCCAGGAGUUGUGUUCGCUGUUUCUUUGGGAACAAGUAUUGUAGCCAGCACUGCUUGGUUUUUCGCGAGAGGGCUUGUAUCGCCACCAACUACACCACAGAAUAUGUUCAAACGGGUGAUCACAAAGAGAAGGAGAUGCACAUCAUCACUGAAUGUGGAUGCAAGUAGA